GAAAGUUGGUUCAUUGUAUGUCUCAAGUUCACAUUUCUGCUUUCUCUGUCGACCACUAGUUUUUUAGAAGAUUUUUCUGCAGUGUGUGUUACACAUGGUGUAAUCUUCAACACUGAUAUGGUGUGUGUAUAUAUAUAUUAGUAUAUGAUGAUUGAUUUUGCAAGAACAUCUUAUUAUUUGCUGAAAAUAAGCAAAAGAAGAUGGGACGUCUCUUUUUCUUUCAUUCACUUGUCUGUUUUUUGUUGGUAAUUAGUGAAAGCAUUUCUUCUUCCUCUGUGAUGAUGCAUCAUGUUUGCUCUCCCACUGAAGCUUUUGCUUUGCUUCACUUCAAACAAUCCUUUCGAAUCUCUGACCAACCUAGCUGUUGGGUUGAGACUCAUCUGCAAUAUGAGAGCUAUGAUAUCCCAAAAACAAAAUCUUGGAAUGAGAGUAGGGAUUGCUGCAGUUGGGACGGCGUAACUUGUGACAUGUUAACCAGUCAUGUUAUCGGAUUGGACCUUAGUUGCAGUCUGCUUAAUGGAGCUGUUCAUCCCAAUAGCAGCCUCUUCCAACUCCAUCAUCUCCGGACACUAAACCUUGCUUACAAUGACUUCAAUUCUUCUUCAAUCCCACAUAACAUUGGCCGAUUGAUGAAUUUGAGGCAUCUCAACCUUUCUCAUUCUUUCUUUGAAGGGGAAAUCCCAACAGAAAUCUCAUACCUUUCCAAUUUGGUUUCACUUGAUCUUUAUUGUGAUUACUGUGGUCUCCAACUUGAUGAGAGAACAUUUGAAACAAUGCUUCAGAACUUCACAAAUCUAGAGAGAGCUUUUUCCUUCUGCCAAAAUUGGAAAUGCUCUAUUUGA